CUACUCAAAAUUACAAAAAACCAAUAAGUCCAAAACUUCAAUAAACACACUCAUAUAUAUAUAUUAUCAAUUCCAUGCCAUAACUCAAUUAACUACAUUAAAUUAAAUGAUGAUGACCAUAUCAGCAACCAUGUCGUCAACCCCAAACCCAAUCCCCACCACCCUAACACCACCAUCACCACCACCUCCGGCGAACCUACCGCUUCGGCCCGUACCCGGAAGUUACGGGUUGCCGGUGCUAGGCCCAAUAGGAGAUAGGCUAAACUACUUUUGGUUCCAAGGUCAAGAUAGUUUCUUUAAGAAGAAAAUGGAGAAAUAUAAAAGUAGUGUGUUUAGGACAAAUGUGCCACCUUGUUUCCCCUUUUUUGCAGGUGUUAACCCUAAUGUAAUUGCUCUUCUUGAUGUACCAUCUUUCUCUUAUUUAUUUGAUAUGGAUAUUAUUGAUAAGAAGAAUGUUCUUGUUGGUGAUUUCAUGCCAAGUACUAAGUUCACUGGUGAUAUGAGGGUUGGUGUUUAUCUUGAUACUACCGAGGAAAAACAUACUAAGAUAAAGAACUUUUCAACGGACAUUCUAAAGAAGAGCUCAGGAAUAUGGGUUUCAUCACUGCUAUCAAACACAGAAAUAAUGUGGGAAACUGUGGAAGAAUCUCUAAACAAAGAUGGGUCAACAAAGAUAUUCACCCCAUUACAAAAGUGCAUAUUCAACUUCUUAUCUCAAGUAAUGCUUAGAGCAAACCCUUCAAAUUACUCAUCAGAACUCUGCGAAAAUGGUCAUAUUAUGAUUGAUAAAUGGUUAGCCAUACAACUCCUACCUAUUAUCAACAUAAAUAUGUUCCAACCACUUGAAGAAAUCUUCCUACAUUCUUGGUCAUACCCUUAUUUCUUGGUAAAAGGGGAUUAUGAAAAACUCGUAAAUUUUGUUGCUAAAGAAGCACGUGAGGUGGUUGAGACAGGCGUGACUGAGUUUGGGUUGAGUGAACAAGAAGCAAUCCAUAACUUGUUGUUCAUGCUAGGGUUUAACGCGUUUGGUGGGUUUUCGAGGUUUUUACCAGCUUUGGUUAACAAUCUAAGGGAAAACAAAGGUGGAAUACAAGAUAUAUUAAGGAAAGAAGUGAGGGGGAAAUGUAAUUCGCUUACGUCAUUAACUUUUAAAUCGGUUCAAGAUAUGCCUAUUAUGACGUCAUUUGUGUACGAGACAUUACGGUUACAACCACCCGUACCGCUUCAAUUUGGGCGGGCGAGGAAGGAUUUUGAAUUACGAACACAUGAGUCGAGGUUUGAGAUUAAGAAGGGUGAGUUGCUUUGUGGGUACCAAACACUUGUGAUGAGAGAUCCAAAGAUAUUUGAUGACCCGGAUACUUUUGUUUCGGAGCGGUUUAUGGGUGAAACGGGUGGUGAGUUGUUGAACUAUUUGUUUUGGUCGAAUGGGCCGCAAACGGGGAAAUCUGAUGCAUCAAAUAAACAAUGUGCAGCUAGUGAUUAUGUUCCUCUCACAGCAUGCUUGUUCUUGGCACAUUUGUUCUUAAGAUAUGACUCUAUAACGCUUGAUUCAUCAGGCGCCAUCACCAAAGUUCAAAAAGCUACCUAACUAAUUUAUUACAUUGUAUUAUUAUUAUUAUUAUUAUUAUUAUACGGCCAAAUUUAUGUAAUGUGCCUAAAUUUAUGUAUGUGGAUUUGGUCUUGGGUAUGAUCAUAUUGAUCAAUAUCAAUAAGAAUUUCAGAGAAUGUAUGGGAACUUUGGACACACUUUUUGAUAUUA